AUGAACGACUAUAGAACAAUGGAUAAGGUUUCUAGGAAGAAUGCACGGGGUACAUUUCAACGAGAUCUGACUUACAACGAGCCCUCCCUACCCAACGGCGGGCGGAUCGUGUACAGUAAAGGCAAGAUCGUUUUCGUCUUCCUCCUCUUCUUAAUUUCCAUUGCCGCUUUUGUCAGUCAAACGGAGAUCACGUCUUUCGUGUACUCCGAAGGAUUCAAUGAACCGUUUCUACUUUUAUAUUUAACUCAUGGAUCGUGGUUUGUGCUCUGGCCGUUGCAGUUCAUUUCUAUCGCCUUUUUCAAGACCACUCGCAAGUACAUCCGACAUCUACGAGGUUACGAGAGCUUAGUCCCUGGUACCAAGUGGAAAGGGUUUAGACGUACCUUUGCCAGUUCAGUGAAGGCCCAGCAUAGGAAUAUCCAUCACACCUCAGAGCUCAUAGCUAAAAGCUGUUCUCCAGGCUUCAAGAGUUCUAUGCCUCUCGACUAUCAACCGCAAAAGCACCCCAAGACCUAUAGAGAUUUCUUCACUUCCAAUUCCAUAAAGUAUAUCUUGCUGACCAGUAUCCCUAUUACACUGAUAUUGAAUGUGGCUGGAUCAUCGUGGUAUUUUGCCCUGACCUUGAGCACAAGUAACGACGUUACGGCCAUUUACAAUUGUUCCGCAUUUACUGCCUAUGCCUUUGCAAUUCCGCUUCUAGGUGAAAAGUUUUCCUUUUUGAAACUUUCAAGCGUAAUAAUUGCAGUUUUCGGAGUCUUUAUUGUCACUUACAACCCUGCUGUGCCUUCCGAUGACGAUCAAUCUGGAAAUGACAAGUCAUAUAGGUUCGUGGGAAAUGUCAUCAUAUCAGUGGGUGCCGUACUCUAUGGCCUUUACGAGGUUCUCUACAAGAAGUACCUCUGCUGUCCAUCAAGCUUAAUCUCCUCUCGAAGACAGGCAUCUAUGUCAAACUUUGCUAUGUCAGUGAUUGGAAUAUUCAAUUUUGGUCUCUUCUGGGCUCCUCUGGUAUUUGCACAUUUCACCGGACUCCAUAAGUUCAAUCUGGACUACAGUGGGACCAUUUGGCUCCUGGUUGGCUUGUCAGUGUUAUCAAACCUUUUAUUCAGUUGUUCAUUUUUAGCCCUUACUUCUUUAACUUCUCCUGUUCUCUCUUCGGUUUCGUCCCUAGUGACAAUCCUGUUUGUGGGAAUCACGGAUUGGCUACUCUUCGGUAUUCAGCUGAGCUGGACACAGAUCUUUGGUGACAUGGUCGUCGUACUUGGAUUUGGUCUAUUGAUCUACGGGUCCUGGAAUGAGAUUAGUGAGGACGAAGAGGACGACCUCGUUAUAGACAGUGACGCAGAAAGUGUGGUGAGCGCUCAAGUGUCCGAAGGAAGACGAUAG